CCAGCGUUGCGGCUGGGAAAAGGCUCAACGCCCGUCUGUGACGUCAUUUCUGCGCGACCCUUAGUUUUGGCGGAGCGUUUUCGGGUUGCUCCUGCGAACGAUGCCUAAAGUAGUGUCUCGGUCGGUAGUCUGCUCCGACACCCGGGAUCGGGAGGAGUAUGACGACGGCGAGAAGCCCCUCCACGUCUACUACUGUUUGUGUGGCCAGAUGGUCCUGGUGCUGGACUGUCAGUUAGAGAAAUUGCCCAUGAGGCCCCGGGAUCGGUCCCGUGUGAUUGAUGCUGCCAAACACGCCCACAAGUUUUGUAACACGGAAGAUGAGGAGACCAUGUAUCUUCGGAGGCCUGAAGGCAUUGAACGACAGUACAGGAAGAAGUGUGCCAAGUGUGGCCUGCCACUCUUCUAUCAGUCCCAGCCCAAGAAUGCCCCCGUGACCUUCAUUGUGGACGGAGCAGUGGUCAAGUUCGGCCAGGGCUUUGGCAAAACGAACAUCUAUACUCAGAAACAAGAGCCUCCUAAGAAGGUCAUGAUGACCAAACGGACAAAAGACAUGGGCAAGUUCAGCUCCGUCACGGUGUCGACCAUUGACGAGGAGGAAGAGGAGAUCGAGGCUAGAGAAGUCGCCGACUCCUAUGCACAGAAUGCCAAAGUGAUUGAAAAGCAGCUGGAGCGCAAAGGCAUGAGCAAAAGGCGGCUGCAGGAGCUGGCGGAACUGGAAGCCAAGAAAGCAAAGAUGAAGGGGACCUUGAUUGACAACCAGUUCAAGUGAUCAGGACCCUUCUCUCAACCCAGACCGGAGGCAGGCGUUUAGAGGAGGAGGAAAAAGAACCGUUUCUUGACUCCAUGGGCCACGUUUUUGCCCCAGCAGAAGGCUUGCCAUUGCUUCCCAUCGAUUCCUCCUACUUUUGGUGAGGUCUUUGAGUCCAUCUGACCUGCUUUCUAGAGAUGGGCUUUCUAAAUCUUUCUGUAUAUAGGUCUUCUGUACUAUUUUUUGUCCAUUUGAUGUAAACUUCAGCUGUGUGGAAACUCUAUGAACACAUCAGUGCUCGAGUGUCUCUCGUUUCUAAAGUAGCUAUUCUUAUUCCCUCUUCAAAGUUAAUAAAAUGUUUAUAGAUUUUUGAAAAAA